AUGAGUGAUUAAAAUAAACUUAAAUAGUACAAAUUAACUAAACCAGAAACAUUCUCAUUAUCCUUUUAUGAUGCAUUUAAAGAAUAUUAAGAAUGGCUUAUUAAUGCUAAUAAUCCAUAAAGAUAACCAAGAAAAUCUCAUAAAUGGCAUUCCAAUAUUACAGACUAUUUUAAUUAUGGUUUUAAUGAACAUACUAUGCAAAUCUAUGUACAUAAAAUUACAUAAUUGACAGAAACCUAUAGAAAAUAUAGAUUAUUAUAUGCUGAAAAAUGUGAUAAUUCUAAAGAAACUAUAUUUAAUUCAGCAUAGGAAAUUAAACGACAAACCAAAGAUGUUUAUCCAAUUGAUUUAGGUGGAAUAUUUAUACCUGUUGAUGAUAAAGUUCUUGAUUUUAGUUUUAAAUUUUAAGUUGAAAAUUUAUAUGAAUAAUAUAAUUUUUCAACUUAAAAUUUAAAACCAAAAUCAUUAAACAAUCAAUAUCAUUGUUCUGGUGAAGCCCUAUUAUUUAAAUCUAAAUUUAUUUCUGAUAUUUUUAGAAAAUAGGUAAAGGAUAUUUAAGAUCUCUAUAAAUAAUAUAAAAAAGAACAUUAAAGAGAUUUAUAUCUUUUUAAUACAGCAGUAAAAGUGUUUCCUAUUUAAAAAGAGGAUGAAUUUUCAAUUUAGUUUGCAUAACUUGUCAAAAAUAUUGCUAUAAAAUAUGAAAAAUCAGAAAAAUCUGAUAAAAUAGAUAAACAUGAUAGAAAUGAGAGAUCAAGAACACCUAAAAAAAGUAGAUCUAAGAAAUAUUGA